GCGGGGGCGUGUCCCGAGAGCGCGCCGCGCGUCCCCGCUUGUUGUUCCCGCAGAGAGGGCAGAAGAUGGCGGCCGUGUCGAGCGGGGCUACCGCCGCCGCCGGGAUUCCGCUCCCGCACCGCGAGCGAGCGCUCCCCAACGCGCCGCGCGUCAGCCGCCCGCCCCCCGCGCGCGUCGGAUACUACGAGAUGGAGCGGACCAUCGGGAAGGGCAACUUCGCCGUGGUCAAACUCGCCACGCACAUGAUCACCAGAGCCAAGGUUGCGAUCAAGAUUGUGGAUAAGACUCAGCUGGACGAUGAGAAUCUGAAGAAGAUCUUCCGGGAGGUUCAGAUCAUGAAGAUGCUGCGACACCCUCACAUCAUCCGUCUGUACCAGGUGAUGGAGACGGAGCGGUUGAUCUAUCUGGUGACCGAGUACGCCAGCGGAGGAGAGAUCUUCGAUCAUCUCGUGGCUCACGGACGGAUGGCGGAGAAAGACGCGCGGCGGAAGUUCAAGCAGAUCGUAGCGGCGGUUUAUUUUUGUCACUGCAGGAACAUCGUCCACAGAGACCUGAAGGCAGAAAACCUGCUGCUGGACCACAACCUCAACAUCAAGAUUGCAGAUUUUGGCUUCAGUAAUCUGUUUGCUCGAGGACAGCUGCUGAAGACGUGGUGUGGCAGUCCUCCGUACGCUGCACCCGAACUCUUCGAGGGAAAAGAAUACGAUGGACCUAAAGUGGACAUAUGGUCAGACUGUGAGUAUCUGAUCAGACACAUGUUGGUUCUGGAGCCCAGUCGACGGCUUUCAAUGGAGCAGAUCUGUAAGAACAAGUGGAUGAGACAAGGAGACCCCGACCCCGAGUUUGACCGACUGAUAGCAGAAUGUGAGCAGGUGAAGGUGGAGAGAGAAACGGAAUUAAUUAACGAGCAGGUUCUGAUGGCCAUGUCAGAGAUGGGCUUUGACCGUGAGCGGACCUUACAGUCUCUGCACACCGAUGCGUACGAUCACUACAGCGCCACCUACAGUCUGCUGUCUGACAAACUCAAGCGGCACAAGAACCUGUGUGUGGCUCCGCCCACGCCCCGCCCCCUCUACCCGCUCAACGCCGUGCAGGAUCAGAGUAAUGCUGUCAGUAUGACGGUACCGCAGGUUCAGCUCAUAAACCCCGAGAAUCAGAUCGUUGAGACGGACGGGACGAUGGCUCUGGACAGCGAUGAGGGAGAAGAGCCCAGUCCAGAGGCGAUGGCCCGAUACCUGUCCAUGAGACGCCACACGGUCGGUGUACCUGACCCCAGGGCUGAGAUUCAGGAGGAUCUUCAGAAACUGGCCCCUGGGUUUCCGCGUGUGGCCCCUCAGCCGCCCUUCCCGCCGCUGGUUCCCACCAUGGCGCAGAUGCAUCUGAUGCCGACCCCGAACCUGCAGCCCACGCAGCAGCUGGAGUACAAGGAACAGUCUCUCCUGCAGCCUCCCACCCUGCAGCUGCUGAAUGGCAUGGGUCCUCUGGGCCGCCGGGCGUCUGACGGCGGAGCCAACAUUCAGCUUCACGCGCAGCAGCUGUUGAAGAGGCCGCGCGGUCAGUCGCCGCUGGUCACCAUCCCGCAUCCGAUCCUGGAUGUGGCUCCGGUGGAUGAGGAGGGGUCCGACGCCGAACCCGAUCCGGAGGCCGUUCAGAGGUCGUCGUAUAAGGACUGUAACACUCUUCACCUGCCGAUGGAGCGCUUCUCUCCCGUCAGACGCUUCUCAGACGGAGCCGCCACCAUCCAAGCGUUCAAGAUGCAGCUGGAGAACAACAGCCUGAUCCGACAGCUCAAACAGGAGUGUGAGCAGCUUCAGAAGAUGUACGCGGCUCCGCAGGACGAGCGUCUGAGGGAGCACACACAGCAACAGCAUGUCCUCUACCAGCAAGAACAGCAGAUCCUACACCAGCAAAUACAGGCCCUGUCUUUGGGACAUGGAGAAAACCAGCCCAGCAGUCACCUUACAUACCAGCUACAGAGGUUGCGUAUUCAGCCCUCCAGUCCUCCUCCUACGCAUCCCAACAACCACCUCUUCAGGCCAGCCAAUCAGAGUCCUCCGGGGAGUCAGGGGAUGAUGCAGGCACACGGUGGGCCGUCUGCGGUUCAGUUUCAGCAUGGCUCCGCCCUCUACCAGUCUCCCAGUGCCAGCCCGCCCCCCACCAGCCUCCCCCGCAUGGCGCUGCCCAAUCAACAGCCUCCGCCAGGCUCCGCCCGCACGCUCGCGCUGCAGCAGGUGACCAUUCAGGUGCAGGAGGUGGAGCUGGGGGGCGGAGCCCAGCGGCAGGGCUUCCUAGCCACGCCCUCUCACAGAGUUCUGGGGAAGCAGCUGAGCGCCGAUAACGCAGAAACUCACAGUCGCAGCUUGAGUCGCUUCCACACUGCUAUGUACGAGCAGUUUACCUCGCACAUGUUCGGCGAGGGCGUGAGCGGCAUCAUCGGCACGUAUAACCCCUACCUGCAGGGGCCGUCUCUGAAGGUGCCGGGACUGGAGGGCUAUCAGGGCUAUCCGUCUGCGCUGCAGCAGGCUCUGCUCUCUCCCACGCCGCUGGAGUAUCGUCCGGCUCAGCAACACGUCACGCCGACCCUGCAGGGCCUGCUCUCGCCGCGCCACUCACUCACGGGACACGCCGACCUCCGCCUGCCUCCGCAGGACCUCGCCGCGCUGCUCAAACGCCAGAGCCUCCGCUCGGCUCCGCCCCCUGGUGCCAUGGCCCCGCCCACCACUGCCGUGGCCCCGCCCACCAACCCACAGGACUACGGGGAGAUGCUGAUGCUGCAGCAACUCGGCCAAGUGGCUGAGAGCUUAGACCCCGCCCCUCCUCAGGCCCCGCCCCAUCAGCACUACCAUCACCUGCUCCAGAUCAGAACCCCACCCGAAUGCCCCGCCCCUCACUCGGAGAGCAUGGAGGAGGACGAGAUGCCGGCCUAUCACGAGGGCCUGCUGGCCAAAGCCGCCGCCCCCUGCACUGAGGGACAUGAGAUGCUGGCUCCGCCCCUUGGCUCCUCCCCCACCCACAGACACGCCUACUUACGCAGCAGCACGGCGGCCAGAGAGGCGUGUGCUGAUGCUGCAGAGUGUCGGGUGAUGGAGGGAGAUCAUAACGGCUACGGCUCACGCGCCGCGCAGGGAGACGCUUUCAGACCGCGAGCAUCAUUACAGAGACACCACACCAUCCAGACCUGCGACGAUGCUUACGAUCAGGUGGAGCCCAUGUCUGGAAUGAGCUUAUUGGCUGGGAAGGCGCUAAGCUCCGCCCGCAUGUCGGACAUCCUCAGCCAAUCGUCUCUGACAGGAAGCCAGCAGCUGCAGCAGAGGGAGGGGUCAGCGUGUGACGUGGAGGCAGACGUUCACCCCGCCGCGUGCUACCCUUCCUCCUGCACCAGUGACAUGCUGCUAAGCUACAAAACCCCGGAUCUGCAGUACAGCGUGGAGCAGGCCGGGGUCUAAUGAACACAGGGGUGUAUUUGCUGUAUAAAGCUCAUAUCCGUCUGCUGUGUUGUGCUGUCAUGCCAAAUCCUCAUCGUCUGUCUGUUGGGGUGUCGUGGGUGUGGCCUGCACGCAGGGGGCAGAGCUCCUGGCUUCCUCUUCCGCUGGGAGCGUCUCCAAUUGGCUGCAGCCCAGUAAUCAUCCGAAACCCCUCCUACCGUUGCCAUAGCGGUGCUGUCGCGCACUCCGAUGUACAAGGCAAACACAGAGUCUUACGUAAACACACACACACACACACACGAAGAGACGUCUUUACCAAACACCACAAACCCAAAGUAUUUCACGUGAAGCCUGCGCCGCGGCGGAUCAUUCCGGUCACGAUCGACCUCUUCCGCCGGGACAGUCGACUCUCACUCGCUCUCCACUUUCUUCACUUCUGUUUUUAUUUUUAACGCAUUUUUAUGGCUAAUGUUCUGUAGGAAUAAUGCUCAUUAUUGUUCUUGUUUUCUGUAAAAGACGUUUUAUGGUUAUGACAUUAUUAAAAGAAUGACGAUUAUUAUUAAAACCGCUCUGUGUUGCAAGAGAACAGCCGCGUUUGUUUCCUCACGGUGAUUUUUGCACUUUCAGUUUUUGUGACUUUCCUUUCGGUUUCGCUCUUCCUCCCUGUUUCUCGUUCUCCUCCUUCAUUCCGUCCGUCCGUCUGACGACAGGUGCAUUGUGGGUAGUUUCUCAGAUCCUUCUCAUGGGCCAUCUUCUUUUCUGUUUCAGAGCUUUAUCGGUUAUUUUUGUGGAUGUUGUUAGGAAAGCUUUUGUAUAUUGUUGAUUUUGCGGUUUUAUUUCUGUUCUGAUGUCAUGUCGGAUGGACGCUUCGUUUCACAUCUCGCUCUGAGUUUAAAGCCCAAACGCGCCCAAAUUGGACGAUUUUUCAGUCUGACCAAUCCAAUAACUGUCAUGUGAUCGUCUGAGAGACGGGUGCGAGUCUGUGAUGAAGAGCACCAUCAUCUGUUUGUGUCACGCUCCUCCCUCUUGUCCUUUAUAGAGCUUUGUCAUUUUCUUUUGUUUUGUUUAUUUUUGGCUUUAUGUUUUUGGAAAAAUACUAAAGUGCAACAACAAUGGUUAAAAAAGAUUCCAAACAAACUGAGAGAAAUAAUAAAUAUAUAUAUAAAUAAAGAAAUGACUAUGA